AGCCUGCUAGGCCCAUACGCACAGACCAUAUAAGCUAAAUUUUUUGAAAUUCUAGGGUUUUUCCAUUUCUGCUACUUCCUCCCCCAAUUCAAGCUCUCAAUCAAUCCAUCCAUGGAGGUCUCAAACCCUAACCACCCAAACCACCAUUCAAACCACAAGAACAAGAAGAAGAAGAACCAAACUCCAGAAGGCAAGUUUCGCCACGACCUCGAUCUCUGCUCCAAGAACAAAGACCUCUCGUCCGCGAUUUCGCUCUACGACUUCGCAAUCUCACAGAACAUUCGCCUCAACCACUACCACUUCAAUGCCCUCCUCUACAUCUCCUCUAACUCCGUUUCAGACUCCUCCGAAUCGGCCUUCGAAUUCGGUUUUCGCAUCUUCGAUCACAUGUUGUCGAGCCAAGUUAAGCCGACGGAGGCGACGAUCACCGCCGUGGCGAGGCUCGCUGCGGCAAAGGGGGACGGAGACCUAGCUUUCGAGUUGGUGAAGAGUAUGGGAAAGUACGGGGUUUCGCCAAGACUGAGGUCCUAUGACCCUGCGUUGGUGUGUUAUUGUAAAAAUUUGGAGGCUGAUAAGGCUUAUGAGGUUGAGGAACACAUGAUUUCGAAUGGGGUGAGCUUGGAGGAGCCAGAGCUCUCAGCAUUGUUGAAGGUGAGUGUGGAAACUGGGAGGGAAGAGAAGGUUUAUGAGUAUUUGCAUAAGCUGAGAGGGACAGUGAGGGGUGUGAGUGCAUCGACAUCUGAGACUAUUGAGUGUUGGUUUGGUGGGGCGGUGGCGGGCGAGGUGGGUGUGUCGAAUUGGGACGAGGGUUGUGUUAAAGAAACAAUUUUGAGGAAUGGUGGUGGUUGGCAUGGGAUGGGUUGGCUUGGGAAGGGAAAGUGGGUUGUGUGUAGGUCUAAUGUGGAUUCGGAUGGUGGUUGUCUCUCUUGUGGUGAGCAAUUGGGUUGUGUUGACAUUGAUAAAGCAGAGACUGAGAAGUUUGCUCAGUCUGUUGCUUCUUUAGCUAUGCAAAGGGAAGUCCAGUCCAAUUUCAGGGAUUUUGAGGACUGGUUGGACAAACAUGCUGAAUACGAAGCUAUAGUAGAUGGUGCAAACAUUGGACUUUACCAACAGAAUUUUGCGGAAGGUGGAUUUAGUAUUUCUCAGCUUGAUGCUGUAGUGAAAGAGCUGCAUAAGCGGAGCAACAAAUGGCCGCUUGUUGUCUUGCAUAAUAAACGUAUCCGGACACUUCAAGAAAAUGCUGCCAAUCGAGAGCUGCUUGAGGAGUGGAUAGCUCAAGGAGUGCUAUAUGGGACCCCAUAUGGAUCCAAUGAUGAUUGGUACUGGCUUUAUGCUGCAGUAAAGCUCAAGUGUUUGCUUGUGACGAAUGAUGAAAUGCGUGAUCAUAUAUUUGAACUUCUGGGUAGCAGCUUCUUUCUCAAGUGGAAAGAACGGCAUCAAGUUCGAUAUACUUUCACGAAAGGUGAUCCGAAACUUCAAAUGCCACCCUCUUAUUCUUUUGUCAUUCAGGAAUCAGAGAAAGGAACGUGGCACAUGCCUCUAGCAGGAAGCAAGGAUGAGUCUUCAAGGACCUGGCUCUGCAUCACCAGGCGAGGUUAUUGUGAAGCUUCUGAAAGAGUUCCCAGCACUAAAGAUACUUCUGAAGUUGGCCAACUCGGUAACAACCAUGAAUUACUUGAGCCAGGUGAUUCAGAGAGCAUCUCAAUUGACAAUAAUAAUUUACAUGGCAGUUCAGUUUCUUCUCAUUUUCAUGAUAAUAAUAAAACCAUAUCCACAACGGGUAAAAGAAAGGAUAGGUCUUCAUCACCACCGUUAAGACAAUAUUGAUUGUUGGCUACGUCUAUAACUGGUGAAAAUGUUAUGUUUUUGUUUUUUGUUUUUAUUUUUUUUUUAUGGAUAAAUAAUGUUAUGUUUUUGUUUUCAUCCUUGUUUUGUUCUUUAAUUUAAUUAUUUGAGUUUACUUAUAAUGGAAAUGCUUUAAGAUUAACUUAAA